GAAAAUCGACCCCUACACUCUUCCUUAGUUCCGCGUUAUACGUCGUGCGUGUAGUACGUAAAGCUUGUCAAAGCUCGUAUAACCCUCUUUCCAAGAGUUGAGUGAAUUUUUACUCAAUCCUCCGAGACACGUGUUUUGCCAGAAGUUUUAUUAAAAACAAACCAAUAUGCCGCUCGCCAAGGACUUUCUGCAUCCGCUUCCGGCCGAGGAGAAGCGUAAGCACAAGUUGAAGCGCCUGGUGCCCCAUCCCAACUCGUACUUCAUGGAUGUCAAGUGCCCCGGAUGCUACAAAAUCACAACCGUAUUCAGCCAUGCACAGAGCGUCGUGGUAUGCACCGGUUGUUCCACCAUCCUGUGCCAGCCGACCGGUGGAAAGGCUCGUCUCACAGAAGGAUGCUCGUUCCGCAAGAAGCCGUACUAGGUGCCCGUGGUGGAGAAAUUUGCCGAUUCCAUCGUUUUUAAGCCAAUGUUUAAAGGUGUCAGCAGGAAGGAGCACAAAAUGGAGAGAAAAAAAAAUGUUCGUGGUGAAAUGCAUUUGAAGUAAACAUCGUUUGGAGUUUGCCAGCGUAACUAUUUACACCAUAUGCUGUAAUAAUACGCAGAGAAAUGAAGGAAUAAAGAAUGAUUUUGGAAACGGAAAGAGCCACGAAAUAA